GGAAGCGGUAUCUACUAACAGAAGAUCAUAUGAAGUUACAAGAAUUUCAGCAGAUGAAAGCGGCAAUUAGAAAUGAAGUUCAUGGCAAUAAAGAUCCAUAUUUUAAAAGUAUUAAAGAAAAAUUAAACAAAAAUGGAAUGAUUUUCAAAAACGAAUUAAAAAAUUUACUGCAUUUGUGUCAGACUUCAUCUGAUGUGGAACUAGCCAGAAAAGUUAUUUACAGGUACCAUGAACAGAAUGGAAUCACAGCCUUACAUAAUUUCAAAUUUGGGCCCCUCUUUAUGAGGCUAUGUUAUGAGCUGGACCUUGAAAGACCUGCAGUAGAACUUAUCAAAGAUCAGAAUUUGCGUGGUUUUUUCUCAGAGAGUACAUCAUUCCAUAUUUUGAUGACUAUGUUGUUCAAAAAGGGCCACUUUGAAA